AGAAUCUUUGCCUCUGCCUCCAUUCAUUGCUAAUCCAGAGAUUUCGUUAAUCAAUUCUUACCAUUUUGAUCUCUCCUGAUGGUGAUCAAAUGAAAGGUAUUCAGAAGAAGAAGGGGCAGGAUCUGCAAAAGCCCUUCCCAGGUUGUAUGGGAAGGGUGGUUAAUGUUUUCGACUUGAAUGCCAACAUUGUGGGAACCAAGUUGCUCACCGAGAGAGCUUAUAGAGAUGGUGCUUCAGUAGGUAGGAAUCGGUCUGAUGCCGUCAAGGUUCCUAUAGAUCCAGUUACAGUUCAGGGAGAGGAAAAGCAAAUAAGAACUGAUCUAAGGAAAAGCUACUCUAACGAGAGAUCGAGUGGAGCGCCAAUAAAAAGGCUUAUUGAGCAGGAGAUGUCGAAAGAAGCAGAUUGUAAGCAAAAUCCGCCUAAUGUUGUCGCUAGAUUAAUGGGUGUUGAUCAUUUGCCUGUGGGUCGGUCAGAUUUUACCUCUAGAAGAAUCUCAAAAGAAGAGCAUCCUUUUGAUGAUUUGUCGGGAGAUUAUCGUAGUAAGUUGUAUAAGCAUCACUUGUCUUCUCAUGGAAAUGAGGGAUGGAAAGAUGUGCAUCCUUUGAGAAUCGAUAAUAGCAGGUGCAAAAAUCAUGCGAAGGAAAGACACGAGCAGAACUGUUAUGAGAAGAGGAUGAGCCUCGUUCAUGAGAAAUUUGUCGAAGCGAAACGUCUAGCUACACGCGAGAAGCUUCUCCACUCGAAGGAGUUCCGGCAAGCACUUCAGGUUUUGAGCUCAAACAGAGAAUUGUUCCUAAAAUUUCUUGAAGAACCAAACUCUUUCUUAUCAAGGCGUCUUUACGAGAAUGUCUCACCACCUUCUGAUAUGAAGCGAAUAACAGUGUUGAAACCAUCAAAGACAAUUGAGAUAAAGGGCAAAAGGCUUAUAGAUAAACAUCUUUAUUCAGAUGGAGAGGAAAGUGAUGGGGACAGUGGCAAGCACUAUCGAAGCUCUAGUUUCUCUCCUACAAAAACUAGAGAUUUAUUCGAACCAACAAGAAUAGUUGUCUUGAAACCUAAUCCUAGAAAACCACAAGAAAUUAAAUCUAUGGCAACUUUGCUAGCAUCUUCACAAACAUCAGUGAGAGGUAGAGAAUAUAAAGGGGUUUCAGAAGCCGAUGAAUUGAUUGGCUCGAGAAUAUUAGCAAAAGAAAUUACUCAACAGAUGCGAGAAAGUCUGAAGCAUAAGCUGAGAGAUGAGACAUCGGUACCUUCUAUUUACGCUAAUAAGUACAUCGGAGAAGAGACUUCAUUACAUCAAUCAAAAUGUGAGAACAUGGAAGUACGAAAGGGCAGUGAUUUAAGUGAGUGGGAGUUUGCUAGUUCAAUUUCUUCACACCAUUCAUGGGAUUAUACAAAUAGAAUUGGAAGUCCUUGCUCUAUCUCAUCCUUUAGGACGGCUCAUUCGGUUGAGUCAUCAGUCACUCUAGAAGCCAAGAAGCGGCUUUCUGAGAGGUGGGCAAUGAUAGCAUCUAAUUCCUGCUGUCAAGAACAAGAAGACGCAAGAAGAAGCUGGAGCACUUUAGGCGAGAUGCUUUCCUUUCCUGAGGUGAAGAAAGAACAAGCGGGGAAUGAAGCCAUUGACGAACCAGACGAGAAAGAAUAUAAUUCAAAAUCUGUCUCUGUUUCUUCUAAAGCUAACAAAGACAUUGAGUUGUACAAUGCAGCUUCUCAGUCUUUAAUCAGUUCUGCUGUUGUUCCUAAGGAGGUUAGCAACAAGUCGAAGAGUACAAAGUCAUUAUUCAGUGGGAAAGUCUCCAGUUUAUUCUUCUCUAGAAGUAAGAAACAGACUCAAAAGGAAUAUAAACCAUCAACUUCAUCAGUUUCUAAUGAUGGUAUCGUCCGGCAUGAUGAAGUAAAUGAUAAUUUAAGCGAGUGUAUUGCAGAUGGUCAAUCUAAACAAAGUUCCUUUUUCAAUUCUGAGGCGAAUUUUGGGAAACCUUAUUCUGUAUAUUGUGACACAACAGAUAAGGGCACGACAAAGGAAGGAAUCUUUGGCGAAUCUCAGGACCAACCGAGCCCAGUGUCUGUUUUAGAAGUUCCAUUCUCUGAUGAUUACAUCAACAAUAUUCAACCGCCAUCCGAGAGCACCAUAGCAGGACCUCCACAAGCUUUGUCUAGAUCUCCACCAAUUGAAUCAAUCGCUCGAUCGCUACCACGAGAUAGUUCCCAGUUAGAAGUAACGUCACCAAAUUCUCUAAGACUCUCGAGGGUUUUCUCAAAGGCUGAUGAAGAGCAAAACCGGUUUAUGUUCAUUCAGAAGUUGGUUUUCUCUGCUGGUCUAGAGAGAGAAAAUUUAGGCAGAAAUUACGUCAAGUGGCAUUCGCUAGAGAGCCCUUUGAGUCCGCUGUUACUUGACGAACUAUCAGAUACCAAGUCAGAGGGAGUAAAGUCCCGAGAAGCUCGGUCAAAGGAGAAACUCGUAUUUGACUCUGUUAAUGAAGCAUUAGUCGACACUGCUCAGGCUAACUUAUUGGCUGCGUACCCAUGGGCCAGAACACAUGGAUUCACUGAUAAAGAGCGACCCGCUAAUUUAAGUUCUUCGGUUGCUGAUGAAGUAUGGGGAGUUGUGAGGAAUUGGUCCUAUUUUGAGAAGUACUUUCUCAUAGAGGAUAACAAUAGUAGAUAUGUGGUGGACUUGAUGAUAAAGAGGGAGGCAGCGGGAAGGGCAUGGUCUGAGAUGAAUUGGUUGGAGAUGUAUGAUCUCAAUAAUGAACUAUGUAAGAUGAUGCUCGAGGAGUUGGUCGAAGAGGUAUUUUUUGACCUUGUUUGCUUGUAGCUGCUGUGAGGUAAUUCCCUUUUGCUGUUAAUUAUUCAGUCCCCUUGUGAGCAGUAUCUACUAGUGUUAUUCUACUACAGUGCUCUCAGUUCAUACACAUAACUGCCCAUUUGUAAUUUAAACGUGUAUUUUAUUUAUUAAUGAAGGUUAUAUUCUUAUUUCCUCGAAA